UAAGGAAAUUAAUUAGUUUUGUUGCAGGAAAGAAAGCUCAAAAUGAUCAUGCGAACGGCGCCAUUUUACUAAGUUUGAAACGACGCAUUUGGACAAAUCUGGAAUAGGAAUUUCUCCCACGCAUUCUCACCAACCAAAGGGCAGAUAGAUCGUCUCUCCCGGGUCGUAGAAACUGAGAAAUCAGCAAUGAGUGACAUAAUUUCAGGAAGCGAUCCUUCGGUAAUCGAAAGCAAAAGCAAUUUUGAUAGCGGUCGAAUCUCAGAUGUGAAAGCAUGGCUUGCCUCUCAAUUCGAUGCCGCCGGCAAAGACGUCCCUGAUUUCGAAUACACUCCUCGAACCAUCGCUCAUCUCCACAACCUCUCCACUCUCUCCCAAGCCAAAACCCAAGCUGCCGGCAUAGUAGCCACCGAUUUCCGCCAAAAAGCCGCCGAAUAUCGUUGCCAAGCUGCUAGGGUUAGGGAGAUAUUGGAGAAUGUGGGAUUGGCACAAGAGGGUUUGCCUUCAAAUGUGGUUGCAUCGGCGCAGUGCCUUGCGAAUGUGGCAAAUUUGUUGAAUACAAGAGAUACUGAAUUGAGUAGUUUUCUUGUAGCAAUGGGGGACAUGUCUUUGAGGAAGACUGGAGUGGAGGAGAAGAGGGCUAAAGUGCAGAAGGAGUCCAAAAUUCUUCUUGAUUACACCCGAAAAGCAAUUGCAAGGCUGACUUAUUUGAAAAGAACUCUUGCACAGCUGGAAGAUGAUGUAGCUCCCUGUGAGGCUCAGAUGGAAAAUUGGAAGACAAACUUGGCAAUAAUGGUAUCAAAAGAGCGACAAUACCUGCAGCAAUAUAGUAACUAUAAGGCAUUACUUAAUCGUGUGGGUUACACCCCAGAGAUCAGCCAUGGGGUGUUGGUUGAAAUGGCCGAGCACAGGAAGGACUUGGAGAAGAAAACGAAGCCCAUCCUUGAUACUUUGAGAAGCUACCAGGACUUGCCUCCUGAUAAAGCCUUGGCUGCUCUAGCCAUUGAGGACAAGAAAAGGCAGUAUGCUGCUGCAGAGAAGCACCUUGAAGAUGUGUUGCAUUCAGCUCUUGCCACUUCUGAGUAACAUGCCAGAGCAUGUUCCUUCUGUAUCACAUGAUUCCCUAACACAUACAUUUAUAAUCUCAUUUUGGAGAGUUAAUGUAGUAGUGAGCUUCUUGUUAUUGAAUUGAUGAUUUUUGUUUAUAAUGGUAUCUUGUAAUGUACAAACCUUUUUUUAUAUAAUCAAUAUUUGGUUAAUGUG